AAGCACCGCUGUCGGGCAACGAGUUUACGACAUCGCGGGCGGUGGCGGCGGGACCGGGACCAUGUUCGGGGCGGCGGCGGCGGAGGAAGACGAUGGGGAUUUCCUGUCCCCCGCCAGCGGUGCCAGAUUAGCCUCUCUCUUUGGUUUGGAUCAAACAGUCUCAAGCCAUGGAAAUGAAUUCUUCCAGUACACGGCACCAAAGCAGCCUAAGAAGAGCCAAACAGCAGCUGCAGGCCAAGCAGCCCAGAAGGCUUCUGUGGCCCCAGCAGCUUCAGGAGCUCCAUCUGUGUUUGCAGCCACCGCAGUUCUUGCUUAUCGAUAUACAAAUGGGCAGUACUUGAAGCAAGGCAAGUAUGGAGCAGCUGUAGUGGGGAACCACGCCACUAAAGAGUACAGGCUCCUCCUUUACAUCAGUCAGCAGCAGCAGAUCACAACUGCAAGGAUCCAUCCAGGCUUUGUGUUCACGGUCCAGCCCAACAAUUACAGUACCUUCUAUGAUGAUCAGAGACAAAACUGGUCCAUCAUGUUCGAAUCAGAAAAGGCUGCAGUGGAUUUCAGCAAGCAGGUGUGCAUUGCCAAAUGCAACAGCUCACCAGUGCUGGAUUCAGUACUCUCCCAGGAUCUCCUUCUCGGAGAGGGACAGGGAGCAGAAGCAGGAGACUCUCUGGAGGUUGCCUAUACGGGUUGGCUGUUCCAGAAUAAUGGGCUUGGACAGGUAUUUGACUCAAAUGUUAACAAAGACAAGCUGCUGCGCCUGAAGCUGGGAUCUGGAAAGGUCAUCAAGGGCUGGGAAGAAGGAAUGAUGGGGAUGAAGAAGGGAGGCCGAAGAUAUCUCAUCGUUCCUCCAGCAUGGGCCUAUGGAGCUCAGGGAGUGGCUGGCCGAGUCCCUCCAGACUCCACUUUAAUUUUUGAGGUGGAAGUGAGGCGAGUGAAGCUGGUAAAGGACUGCUCUGGUUCGGAUGGACAGAGUGUCAGCUCACGGGAUUCUCCUGCACCUUCUCCAGUCCCCAGUUCAGAUGGCUUCCCUGCAGACACUGGUUUACUGCCCCCAUCUACAAUACCUCCAAAGCCUGGGGAGCCAGCUGUUCGGGCCAAGUCAAACUCCAUCAGUGAACAGCUAGCAAACCCAGAUGUAGCAAAGGCAAAGCUUAUUUCUCGGAUGGCUAAAAUGGGACAGCCCAUGCUGCCUUUCCUGGCUGGGACAGCAGGUAGUCAGCUGGACUCCAGUGACUCGGAGAUAGAGGAUCCAAAUACACUCAGAGGGACAGCACAACCAGUGGCUUCAUCUUCUGUGAGACCAGCCCAGCCAGCUCAUGCGGUACUGCCCACAGUGUCCACACAAGUACCUCAGGCAUCUGGUUCUGCACCCCCAGUAUCUUCCGCUGCUUUAAUACCUGCAACGAUCCAGCCACAUUCAGCUCUGCCUGCAGGAGCACAGGGCUUUCAGGCAUAUCCAGGAAUGGCAUUUGCUUACCCCCAGACGGCUGCAUCUGCUUCUCAACUCCAGCCUGUGGGACAGAUGUAUCCUGCACCUUACCAAGCUCCUGGGGAUAUUACUUCCUUCUUGAUGACAGAAGCUCGGCAGCAUAACACUGAAAUCCGAAUGGCUGUUAGCAAAGUGGUAGACAAGAUGGAUCAUCUGGCUGCCAAGGUGGAGGAGUUGAGGAAACAAAGUGCUGGUAACAGCUCACUCCUGCCUGGUAUCUCCUCUGUUACUAUGGAAGCGUCCAUGAUCAUGAGCAAUAUCCAACGCAUAAUCCAGGAGAAUGAGAGGCUGAAGCAAGAGAUAUUUGAGAAGAGCAGUCGGAUUGAGGAGCAGAAUGAGAAGAUCAGCGAGUUGAUUGAGCGGAAUCAGAGGUACGUCGAGCAAAGUAACUUGCUAAUGGAGCAGAGGAACCAUUCCCUGCAAACAACAACUGAAAACACACAGGCAAGAGUGUUGCAUGCAGAGCAGGAGAAGCACAUGCUGCCAGUGGAUCGGGGCUGGGACCAGGCCAAAGUCGCAGAGGAGUUGGCAGCUGCCACAGCACAGGUUUCCCAGCUGCAGCUGGAGCUGACUGCACAUCAGAAGAAGGAGAUGGACCUGCGGAAGCAGCUCUCUGCUGCCCUGCAGGAGGCUGAGCGGCACGAGACACAGCUCAACAAGCUGCAGGCGCAGUUAGCAGAGCUCCAGGAGGCCUCUGAGGACACUCAGACCAGAUUUAAAGCUGAGAAGCAGAGCCGCAAACAGCUGGACAUGAAGAUCUCGGCACUGGAGGAAGAGCUCAUGGACCUGAAAGUGGAGAAGGAGACCCUUGAAAAGAAUCUUUCAGAGAGGAAGAAGAAAUCCCUGUCGGAGAGAGCUCAGGCAGAGGAAGAGAUGGAGGAAAUCCGCAGAUCCUAUCAGCAGGAGCUGGACAAGCUCCGCCAGCUGCUGAAAAAGGCACGGACUUCGACUGACCAGGCAGCAGCAGAGCAGCUGUCACUCCUCCAGGCAGAGCUGGAAUCCCAGUGGGAAUCUAAAUGUGAACGUACGCUGGCAUCAGCCAAGGAGCAGCACAUGAGACAGUACCAGGAGGUGUGUGAGCAGAGAGAUUCCCUGCAGCAGCAGGUGUCCCAGCUGGAAGAGAAGCUUGCGGCUCUAAAGCACUCAAAAAAAGCAGAGGAGCAAAAAUUGUCUGAAUUCCAGCAACGUUUGGAGCAGCUGGAGCCUAUCAAAGAGAAGUGUUCAGCCUUGCAGUCUGAUAUUGUGGCACUGAAGGCUCACUAUGAAGAACGCAUCCAGGACCUGGAGAAGGAUCAGGCUGGAUCUUUACCUGCAGACUUCACCGAAGAAGUAAAGAAGAUAAUGAAUGGGGUGUUUCAAUCUCUUCGGGGUGAAUUUGAGCUGGAGGAGACAUACAGUGGCAGGACAGUUCUGGGUGUUGUCAUGAACACUAUUAAGACUGUAACACUGCAGCUACUCAAUAGGCAGCAGGAGAAACCAGAUCAGGACAGUGAAAAGGAGGAAUCUGAACCAGGAGCAGUGAGACAGGAGGGAUCACCUGGAGCAAAGCCUGACCACGAUGAGCCCGUGCAGCAUAGCCCAGCACAGAGUGCCACAUUCCCAGCUGAUCCUGAGGAAGCAGCCACAGGCUCUGUGGUGCCUGGCCAGGAAAGCGAGCCUGCUCUUCUGCCUGCCCGGCCCACAACUUCUGAGGAGGAGCCGGUGACACAGAGCAGGGGGGUGUCAGAAGAGAAGAUCCAGGGGGAGCAUCUCUCUUCCACAGCAGAAUCCCACCUGGAUCCUGAUAAGGGGCCUGUGCUUGCAGGACAGCCUGUUCCUGAGGUGGAUGAGGACUUUGUCCCAGCUGAGCAAGGACAGGAGAGCAGUCCCAUCAGGAAAGCUGAGACUGAACGCAGUCCCUCCAGAGUAUCUUUGCAGGCAGAAGCUGCAGAACCCUCUGUUCUAGAGGCCAAGCCGGAAGAAGCAGAUGUGGCAGUGCUUCCAGGAAAGCCAGCGGUGGAGCAGAAGGCAGAGGAGCCUGUGGGAGGUUUAGAGCCCCUGCCCUUAAACGGUGAAGGAGGGAACUGCACAGACCCAUUGGAUGGAGCCACCUCUGAGGAGCCUGCUUCAGCAUCCAACACAGCAGAGCUGAGCUCAGCUGUCAUCAGAGAAACCCCAGGGCAGCAGGAGCUGGACUCCAGCCCCAGGCAGAAGGAGUGCAGCCUCUUUGAGGAUGACAACUUCUUUGAAACAGCAUCUCAGAAACCGCUGAAGCCUCGAGUGCUCUCUGAAGAGGAGGAUGAGGAGGAAGUGAGCAUGAAGGGGCGUCCCCCUCCAGCUCCACUCUUUGGUGAUGACGACGAUGAUGAUCUGGACUGGCUGGGAUGAAGAUGUGCUGGUGAGCCUGAGAGCCCUCUCCUCUGAGCAUGGCCUCUUCCUCUGCACUGAGCACUUAGUGAGCUGCAUACAUGGGACAGUUGUGAACAGCCAGGGACUUCCCAGGCUCUGGUACUGCAGACUGAUGGGGCCUGAGGGCAAGUAGCAAUUUGGCACCCCCAGGCACUCAGACCCAUCAUUCUGACCUGACAAACUCUAGCAGGAGUUGGGAGGAGCUGAAGGAACCAGUCUCUACAUGUUUGUAUUGUUCUCCUCCUGUGAACAGUUGAUUCAUUAAUCUGACACCUGAUGCAAAUACCAACUCUGUAAAGUGCUUCAGAAAACCAAGCCUGGCAGGACCUGUAGUAGGAACUACUUUUAAAAAGAAACAGACUGAAGUCUUGUCUGCUUCCCCAGUCAGGGUCUCCUGGAAAUAGUUCCCAGGGACUCUACAGCAUCCCAUCACCAUCUAUGAGCACUGUGGGGUGGGAGAUUGAGCUGAGAGACCCCACUGCUGUCACAUGUUCACUGCUGUGGUACAUGGGGCUCAGACCCACAGCUCUAGGCAGGGACAGGGGCCCCUGUUUGUGUGAUGGGUCAGGGCUCUGUUACACCAAUGCCCCAAGCACAGAUGUAGCAUCUACUAGUUGCUAUUGCAAGAAGCCAAAUCCCCAGCCAUGUUCUGUGGAGGGCCCUGAGCCACCUCCUUUCCUCUCUGUUUGCAGCUAGAGGUGAGGUUUUGGGGUUUGCUGCCUUGUGUUCCACUGGCAGUGGAGGCAGCAACACAGGUGGGUAACGUGCUGCAUGUCCAGAGAGAGCCAGGCUCAUCUCCUGUGCCUUUUCCUCUGCUGCUCUUUGAAGUGUGAUGAUCACACCACGAGUUCAAACCUGAGCUCUGCUGAGAGCUUGGGCUGUAACUGUUCAGUUUAAGUGGACCAAGAGGGGAAGGCAGAGAGCACAGGCACCAGGGCCACCACAUCGGGUUCCUCGUAGCACUUUUACUUCUGUGCUCAUUGGUACUAACACAGGUUAAAACUGGGAGCAGGUCUUUGUGUCUUUAGAACAAGUAACCCCCUUCCCUUAAUAAAAUGGAAGCGCUUCAACUAA